AUGAAAGAACCUUCAAGAAGCCAUUCAAAUGUGGAGAUGGGUGAAGAAAAUAAUGAGGUUGAGAUUGGUGAGAUUGGACUGGAGAAUACAAUGAGCCCAAAAGAAACAACACAAGAACCUAAGGAGCCCACAAAGUACUGCAAGCAAUGGAAAGUGAACUCAGUCAAACUCAAUCAUAAUCAUGGAUUGAAUCCAGACAAUGCUCGAUAUUUUCAAAUGAAUUGUGCAAUAAGUUCGUAUAUGAAAAGGAAGAUUGAAGUGAAUGAUAUAGCUGGAAUAAGAGUUAAAAGAUUACAGAUUGGGGAAGGAGAUGCAAUUGCAAUUCAAAAGUAUUUCUUGAAGAUGCAAGCUCAAAAUGCAAAUUUCUUUUAUGCAAUUGAUCUAGAUGAAAGUGGUCGGUUACAGAAUGUGUUUUGGGCAGAUUCCAGGAGUGGGGCAGCAUAUGAGGAAUUUGGUGAUGCCAUUACAUUUGACACGACCAACUUGACGAAUAAGUAUGACUUGCAUUUUGCUCCAUUUGUAGGUGUCAAUCAUCACGGUCAUUCACUUUUGCUUGGAUGUGGACUGAUAUCAAGUGAAGAUACUGAGACAUUUGUUUGGCUAUUUAAAGUGUGGCUGGCAUGCAUGUCUGGGCAUGCUCCAUGUGGGAUAAUUACUGAUCAAGACAGGGCCAUGAAAAAUGUCAUUGAGAUUGUCUUUCCUAAAACUAAGCAUCGUUGGUGCUUAUGGCAUAUAAUGAAGAAGCUUCCUGAAAAGCUUAAGAGUUACAAACACUAUGAAUCUAGUAAAUUUGCCUUUGAGAACAUUGUAGCACUGUUGUUCCAAGCUGCGCUGCGCGUUCGCAUUUACCAAAAUUGCAAAGGUUUCUGCUCCUCCUCUAUCUAUCGACUGAAAGUUAGUCAUACAUUUGCUAAGGAAGGAAGGAAGAAGAAGAAGAAGAUGGAGAUUAUUUACCGGCCAUAUAUCGACCCGGAAUUCGAAUUCCUCAUUGAAAGAAUCUACCCUCCAUGGGUUUGUAUCGACAAUGACUCAUACAAAGAUUGUACGCUUGUGAAGGUUGACAGUGCAAACAAGAACGGGAUUUUGCUAGAGAUGGUCCAAGUUUUGACAGAUCUUGACCUUGUUAUUUCCAAAUCAUACAUAUCCUCUGAUGGUGGAUGGUUUAUGGAUGUGUUCCACGUGACGGAUCAACUCGGCAACAAAAUCACGGACGAAAGCCUCAUACUUUAUAUUCAGCAGGCACUAUGUGCUAGCAGGGGAGGAAUUUCAAAGGAGGCAAGACUACCAGGAAGAAAUGUGACACCCGGGCUAAACGACUUAGCCCUAGAAAUGACCAGCAAGGACCGACCGGGCCUAGUGUCUGAGAUAUCUGCGGUCCUUGUUGAGUUGGGCUGCAACAUCACUACUGCCGUGGCUUGGACCCACGGUACCCGGGCGGCCAGCAUUUUCUACGUGGAAGAUGGGCUGGAAGGUGGGCCCAUAACAGACCCAAUUCGGCUGGCCCAUGUACAGGAGCAGCUAGAGAAUGUAGUUAAAGCCCAUCAUGAGGAGGGGGAGAAGAGGAGUGUAAGGCUGACCACCCCAGCAGGUGGCCACACCCACAAGGAGCGGCGGCUCCACCAGUUGAUGUAUGCCGACGAGGACUAUGAAAGUUGUCGUGGUUGUGAUGGUAGUGGCAGCAGUGCACACAAGAAGGGCUGUGAUCGGACCCAUGUGAACAUAGAGAGUUGUAAGGAGAAAGGGUAUUGGAUUGUGAAUGUGAGGAGCAGAGACCGACCCAAACUACUGUUUGACACCGUGUGUGCCCUAACCGACUUGCAAUACGUGGUGUUCCAUGCGGUGGUUGCCUCCAGGGGCACCCUGGCGGAUCAGGAGUAUUUUGUCCGGCAUAAGGAUGGUUACACUUCGAAUACAGAGAGUCAGAGGCACAAACUUACCCUAUGCUUGGUUGCUGCAAUAGAGAGAAGGAUCUCACAGGGCUUGAGGUUGGACCUGUGCGCUAAAAAUCGAAUGGGAUUGUUAUCAGACAUCACAAGGGUUUUCCGAGAGAAUGGACUAUCAAUGUCUAGGAUUGAGAUUGGAACACAUGGUGAAAGAGCAGUAGGAUCAAUCUAUGUAACGGAUGCUUCGGGGGAUGAAGUAAAUCCAAACGCAGUGGAACUCGUGACAAAGGAGAUUGGAGAAUCCAUCAUUGCAGUUCACAAAUCCCACAAGUGGGCUCCACAGCCCUCGUCCUCCUCAAGGGCAAGCAACAAAAUACACAACAGAAGAAUAGAAGAAGAAGAAGAAGACAGGCCCAGAUUCUCACUUGGAAGCUUGGUCUGGUCUCAUCUGGAGCGCCUUUCAAGCAGUUUUGGGGCCAUCAAAUCAUAA